AUGAUGCGAGCCGCGUCGUCACCGUUGGAACCUCUGAACAAGAAUAUUUUGCUGGCAGGAGAAGUGAUUGCCGAGAAGUGGAAGAUUGGGGAAAAGAUCGGCGAGGGUACAUUCAGUCAAAUCUACUCGGCGUACUCGAUUGGGAGUCGGGACAAAGUUGCAGUGAAGGUCGAAGCGCCGAGUGCGCUCAAGCCAGUGCUGGAGUGGGAGAGUUUGAUCCUCAAGAGCCUCCAGGACUGUCCUUAUGUGUGUCGAUACUUUUACCACGGCAAGCAUGGAGACAGCACGGUCUUGGUGAUGGAGCUCCUUGGGGACAGCAUGUCAAUGCUGAGAAUGUCGCCAGAUUCGAUCCAUGGUGUUCCACUGGCCAAGUCAGUGUCAGUGGGACUCGAGAUGCUGGAUUGUAUUGAAGCCUUUCAUCGACACGGAUACGUGCACCGCGAUAUCAAAGCGUCGAACUUUGCGCUUAGCGCUGCUGAUCGUCAUUUGCUGAAACAGCAGCGAUACUACAUUAUUGACUUUGGCUUGUCGAGGCAGCAUAUUGGAGAAGAUCGGCAAGUAUUGCCGGCGCGUCCCGUCGCUGAGUUCCGUGGCACUUCCAUGUAUGCAUCGUUGAGCUCCCACCGUCGACAAGAGCUGGGACCAAAAGACGAUUUGUGGUCGUGGUUUUAUCUCGUUAUGGACUUUUUGCGCGGCGAGUUGCCGUGGGCUACGGACGCGCAGCAAAAGAAUCGCCAGACUGUGUUGAGUUUGAAGGAGCACUACACCGAGCUGAACCCACGCUUGUUGGUGGAAGGUCUUCCAGGUGCCACGCAAUUGCUGGAGAUGAUGGUUUAUUUGCAGUCGCUCAAGUACGAAGACCUUCCCGAUUAUGCCAGAAUUCGCAAGCAACUCCAAGCAGUCAAGGAUAGUUCUCUGGUGUUGGACAAUAGUGACAGCGGCGAGGAAGCUAAUGCCAACAAGAAGGAUAAUCACAUGCUGGUUUCUGCAUCGGAGAUCGAUUGGGACGCUUUUGAGUCCGAGCGCGAGCGCGCGUUGACUUGGACCAGAAAGGCAGAUGAGCUGAAGAACGGUGAUGGAGCGCCGCACACGCUGCUAGCGAUUGCGAAGCGAUACAAGACGUUCUUUGACAGCGACGGACUAUCGUUUGACGAACAAGUGCGGGUGCAGAGUGCAGUCUAUCACAUUGAGAAGAAGUUGCGCACACGUUCAAACUUUCUUGCUCCUCCACCCAUUCAGAGCUUCGUCAAGCGCCGUCAAUCCGAACAAAAGAUGCGGUCCGAUGCGUUGCGAAAGCGUCGUGAAAAAGAUCUUGUGGUGCGUCAAGCUUUGGAGAUCAAGAAUGACGAACGAACUGGUUUGGCCACUUCAACCCAGGGCUCUCGCAAGGAGUGGCCGGGUGGCGCUAGUGGAGAAGGAAGUGCGGAGAUGCAGAAUGGGAAAAGGCCUGAUUGGGUCCCACCAGUGAAACCGAAAAGCUUCACGGAAGUUUCAGACAGUAAAGAUGUGCGAACCAGGCGAUGUGGUACUUUUGUGGAAGCUGCCGUAUCUGCUCCGAACCCUCGUGGUUCACCCCUCGAUGAACGGCAGCAUAUGGAUACAAGGCCAAUACCGCGACAUCAGCCACCACACACGAUGCCUCUGACAUCACCGACAUCUCGGUGGGAUCGCACCCCGAAUCACGGUGGAGCAGUACCUGCACCCGUGCCUCCUCCGGAGAUGUCAUCUUCAUCACUGCGUCCGGAUGGGACUGGACACCUGUCGGCUUCGCCUCCUGCUAAGCACUACCGUCGACGAUCGCCAGAGCCCAUUCACCCGGAGUCUUCGCGCCGGCGUUCGUCGCAUCAUCGUUCUUACUCGAACGACCGUCCAAGAGAGUACGUGCACGACGAUCCGGAGCAGUAUACAAAGGGGUAUCCAAAGGAGUACGUGAACGACUAUCCGAAGGAGCACGUGAAGAUUUAUACGAAGGAGUACAUGGCCGACCAUCCGAAGGAGUAUGCGAAGGGACCAUCAACGAAAUAUGUGGGCUAUCCGAAGGAGCGCGUAAAGGUUUAUGCGAAGGAGCAUGUGAAGAAUUAUCCGGAGGAAUACGCAACAGAUUACCAAGAGACGUACCCCGCGAAGAAGUACCCGACCGAGCACGCGAAAGACUAUCGCUACCGUUCGCCCUCGCCUGAUGGGCGACACUCAUACGCCCCGCAGCCACAAUAUCGGCAUUCGCCUUCGCAGCAUCGGCAGUCUUACUCGCGAGACGACAGCAGAAAUGACGGGUCCUGGGACGUAGAUGCUCGUUCGAAGCCAAGUUCAGCUCCUGACAAGCAUCGCCGAUCCACUCGAUGGCAACCAAGGCCGUAA